AUGGAGAACCUACUGCGCGGCUCGUCCAGCUUCAGCGAAGCUGCUAUGCUAUUCACCGAUGAAAAGAUAGCCAAUGCAAGAACGAAGAUCGUUGAAGCACUGGAUAAUACGCAAACUGCAGCUGUCCCACAGAAGUGUGAAAUCAUUGCAAAAGUACAGGAACUCUUGCUGCACACGGACGUGGAGCUGUUGCACGAAUUUCUCGACGAUAUACUGGUGCUCGCUCAUGAUAAGGCCGCCGACGUGCGGAAAGCGAUUGCCGGUUUCAUCGAGGAAGUCUGCAAGCAGCACAUCGAUACACUUCCGAAGGUGGUGGACACGUUGUUUACCCUGCUGCGAGACUUAGCUCCCAUCGUAACGAAGCGCGUUAUUCAAGGCUGUGGUUCAAUCUACCGGUUGGCGAUACAGUGGUUCUGCCAGCUAGACGAUAUAUCCGAGGAGGUGGAACAAGCGUGGACUAAAAUGGUCCUGAUAAAGUCCUACAUCCUGGACAAGAUCGAUGACGAUAACGAUGGCAUACGGACGAAUGCGAUCAAGUUUCUCGAGGGUGUGGUGAUACUGCAAACCUACCCGGACGAGGAUAGUGUCAAGCGCCCGAACGAUUUCUCGCUCGCCGAUGUACCGCUCACGAUGAAGCAGAUCCGUCGGCGCAAGCUGGAAGACGAAUCGACCAGGAUCUUCGAUGUACUGUUAACGUUUCACGCUGCGUCACACAUUUCCUCGGUUAAUCUGAUUGCCUGUACCGGUGCGCUGUGCACCAUUGCGAAGCUGCGCCCAUCCAAGAUGACGCGUGUGGUCGAGGCGCUCAAGCACCUCCAUUCGAACCUACCCCCAACACUGACCAACUCACAGGUUAGUUCGGUGCGCAAGAACUUGAAGAUGCAGUUUCUGAACCUGCUGAAACAUCCGGCCAGCUUUGAGCAUCAGGCAACGAUCGCCCAGAUACUGGUCGAUCUGGGUGCAUCGAACGGUGAGAUAACGCGUGCCAUUCCGAAGAUGGACAAAAAGGAACAGCAGCGACGUGCGAAACGGGCAUUGGAAAACUCGAUGGCAUCCCAGCUGGCAGCGAAGCGUGCCAAAUUGGAUGGACAGAUGAAAAAAGACAAGGACGACGGUGAGAUGCGCGAUCAGCCACGCACCAUGGAGAUCGACUACGACGAGUUAAACGAACAGAAAAACCGUUCCAACAAACAGAACGAGCAGUUUCUUGUUGAUGUGCUUCAAAGUUCGGAUCUGGUCUCACAGCUGGUCAUUACCAACAUGGACAAACUCACGGAACAAAUGCUGCAAAACGCGAAACCCGCGGCAGUGCUAUCGGUGGAGCAAUACAUUCAGAAGAUCGCGCAAACUUUAGCCGUCCAAAUGAGCGAGGUAAAGGUCGGCCCCGGUGCGAACGCCUUCACGAAGGAUCCACCGAUGAAGGUGCGCAUCAGCGAUGAGGAGGAAAAGAAUAUUAUCCUUUCGGGCAAACGAAAGCUUGGCGGUCCAUCUGCAGAACGAGCCUCGACACCGACCACCGGCGAUCAGGCGGAUGAUGAUCUGCCGGAAGGUGCGGGUGAUGAGGACGAGGACGAUGAAGCGCUUUCCGAGGAAGAUCGCAAAAAGCUGGAAGCAACACGUAAGCUCCGAGAGACACUGGAACGCGUCAAGGGUGGUGCGGCGGGUGGUGCUGGUGAACCGAAGCAACGACAGCGCAUAAAAAUGUUGAAAUUGCAGGAAAUCACAAAACCCCUCCCAAAGGCCACCAAGGAAACGUUCCUCAUCGAUGCCGUGGUGCGAAUACUGAAGGCGGAACGGCAGGCCCUGGUCGGUGGGGUUAGUACCCAACGGCAUCGCAUAAUUACGGCGUUCGGGUCGUCAUUUGUUAAUCCCGUGCGGGACGUGAUCAUGGAGCACAUUCUGGAGGAUUUGCCCAAGCGUAUCGAACUGGCGUUCUCGUGGAUCUUUGAGGAGUACGGCCUCAUGCAGGGGUUUACCCGCUAUACGCACGUCAAGCACGACAAUGGACCACAGUAUCCGUACACGCAACUGCUCGUGCGACUCGUCACGAACAUAAUCGAUCGUCCUAAGGAAACGUUCCGCCCGAAGGAAUCACUGCUGAAGCGGCUCUAUCUGGAGGCUCCGAUGCUUCCGCAAGAACUGAUCGACAUAUUGGUGCGCAUGUGCGAGCUGGAAGAGCUGGCCGACUGUGGAAUGCAGAUCGUGAAGGAUUUGCUCAUCCGUCGACCACCAAGGGAACGGCAGUAUUUGGACAUUCUGCUCAAGUAUGCGUACUACGAAAAUGGAACGAUACGCGAUAAAGCGAUCGAGUACGUAAUGAACGUGUUUGCCGUCCAUCGCAUUAUGACGGAGCAGAUCGAGCAGAGCGCACUCGCCUGGUUGGCGUAUCUGGAGCAUGAGAACCCAACCGAAUCGAUGUUCGCGCAGGAGUACGGACGGGCGGAACAUCCGCGCACGUGGACGGAAGAGUUGGCCAAAGUUUGUCUCGGGCUGUUUCUGGAAGUUAUGGUGUACGAUCAAACGCUGCUGAUGCGCUUCUCGGAGGUGUACAUUAAGGCCACGUCGGAGAUGAAGCGUGCCGUGAUACGGGCAAUCGAAGGCCCGAUACGGAAGAUUGGUUCGGAAAGUGAGCAACUGUUGCGACUGAUCGAACAAUGUCCCAAGGGAUCGGAAACAAUCAUUAUACGCAUUAUCUACAUACUCACGGAGAAAUCGCUUCCCUCAGCGGAUCUUGUGGAUCGUGUCCGAACACUGCACCAAACGAAGGUGUCUGAUGUGCGAUUGCUUAUACCGGUUAUAAAUGGCUUGACGAAGAAGGAAAUCCUUAACGCGCUGCCCAAACUCAUCAAACUGAAUCCGGGCGUUGUGAAGGAAGUGUUUAACCGGCUGCUAGGAAUCGGUGUCGAGUACGGUACCGCCGAACUGCCACUGAAUCCGGUCGAGUUGCUUGUAGCACUGCACACGAUCGAAACGAGCAAGGUGGAGCUGAAGUUCAUCGUAAAAGCAACCUCCCUAUGCUUGGCCGAGAAGGAAGUGUACACGCAGGAUGUGCUUGGUAGUGUCAUGCAGCAGCUAGUGGAAAUUGCACCCCUACCAACAUUGCUCAUGCGUACGGUCAUACAAUCGCUAACGCUUCAUUCCCGACUGUCCGGAUUCGUGACGAAUUUGUUGCAGCGGCUCAUACUGAAGCAGGUCUGGAAGCAGAAGGUAGUUUGGGACGGUUUUCUCAAAUGUGCCCAGCGGCUAACGCCGCAAAGCCUGGGCAUACUGAUACAAUUGCCUGCCCAGCAGCUACAGGACGCUAUCACGAUUUGUCCCGAGUUUCGCGAACCAAUGCUGGAACAUGCGCGCGAAAUUAUGGAGCACCAGAUUGGUCACGUGUCGCAACAGGUGAUGGAUGUGCUGCUCGGCAUAUCACCGUACUCUACGACGGAAUCUUCCGAUCUGCAAGUUGUGGGCAACUACAGUGAAGAUGCACCGAUGUCCUCGCACUUGCCAGUAAAAAUAAAGCUUGAAAAAGAUGCCGAUCCUCCGGUUACCCCGACAACAGCACCCCAAGGCAAAGAGUAA